AUGCUGCCACCUGGCGAUUCCAGGAAGCGGAAAGACAGAGAAUCAACGCCAGCGUUUUAUUCAGCUGCCAAGCCAUCGGCUCGGCUCGACUACCUCCACAAGCCGCCGCCGCCGCUGAAUAUGGCGCCGCCGUCUCCCACGCUGAGCCCUUCAUCCAACAACGGGCUCCUUGCCGGGUACCUAGCGUACGAGUUCCUAACGAGAGGGACGAUUCUCGGUGAGAAGUUUGACCCGGCGAAGUCGACGGAGGCGGCGGAUAGCCGGAGAAUUAGGAGAGGCGGAGCGAAGCCGGCGGCCGCCGAGGAGGGGAUGAUGAAGAAGAAGAAGGAAGACGAGGAGCGGAGCUAUGCGGAGGUGGCGAGCAUAUUGAAGACGGAACGGGCUCACAUUCCGGGGAUUGUGAACCCGACCCAACUGGCCCGCUGGAUCCGGAUGUGA